UCAUGGCGGCUGUCUCUGGAUGCGAACAGCAGAUGUAGCGUUUCUUCUUCUUUUUUUUCCCUCUCCGCGAACCAUGCCGUUUGAUGCACGCGCCGGACUUUGAUCCGGACGCCAGGAGGGACGGCGGCCCCACAGGAAGAGGAGGAGGAGGAGGACGGCCGCUCCUCUCCCAGGCGGCUGUAGCAUGAAGGCUCUGCAGGCAACACGGACGCUGUGAUUCCCGAGGAGGGCUUUUUGUCAGCCAAGGCGCUGGAUGGUGUGUUUGUUUGAUUGUCGAGUUGUUCAUUUGUGUUUUUAAUUCAUCUCUUCUUGCGGAUGUUGAGUUAAUUUGGAGAUCGGAAUGGGUUCAGUGGAGCAGCUGCGCCCUAUUGAAGGUUUUACUACAGUGUGAUGAUGGCCAGUCUGAAUGGACUCUCUCCCUGCUGUCCACACACAGCUUUUCUAUGACUGUUUGUGCUUCUGCUGCUUCUCAUGCCUCCCUCAGUGGUAACACUAUGAUAGGCUCCCCAGAUGUGGUAGCUUUCACUAAAGAGGAUGAAUACGGGCAGACUAGUCAAGACCCUCUGGGUCUCCCGGAGGAGUUCUCCGUACCCCUCCACCCGCUGGCCGACUCCAACCCCUGGGCCAAAACCUCCUACGCCAAAUUCACCAAAGACUUCAUCCUCAUCUCUGAGUUCUCAGAGCAGGUGGGUCCCCAGCCUCUCCUCACCAUCCCAGGUGACCCCAAAGUCUGCGGCACCUUCGACCUCAACUACUUCUCCCUGCGGAUCAUGUCCGUGGACUACCAGGCCUCCUUCGUGGGGCAUCCGCCCGGCAGCGGCUACCCGAGGCUCAGCUUUGUGGAGGACUCCAGGGUCGUCCUGGGAGACUCGAAGGAGGGAGCGUUCGCGUACGUCCAUCACUUCACCCUGUACGACCUGGAGGCGAGAGGCUUCGUGCGGCCGUUCUGCAUGGCGUAUGUAGCAGCGGACGAGAAGAAAAUCAUGCUCCAGUUUCAGGAGCUGUCCCUCCGCUUCUCGCAGGCCUCGGAGUGUCUGAAGGCCGGGAACAGAAGGGCAUUCGCCAAGGAACUCCAGCGGAAGCUCCAGGACCUGGAGUACACCCACUCUGUGCUGCAGCGGGAAGAGGGCCUGCAGAGAGAGGCGGGGCCUCAGUGCGUUUACUCUGCCCAUGCUGUAGAAAAGGCCAAUGAGCUGGCGAACGUGGAGAAGAGCAUUUACGAGCACAGAGACCUGCUGAAGCAGAUCAGUGCCUACCAUCAGCGACCACGACGGGAUCCGCACGCCGUCUCGUGCCAGAAGUGCAUGACCGAGUGCUUGAGAGAGUGCGAAGAGCUGUUGGACAAAUACGCCAAGCUGGCGAAUCCCCUCGGGUUCAUCCACAGAGUCUCCAAAGGAGAAGGCGACGAGAUUGAAUCUGAUGAUAACGGAGGGGAAGAAGAGGCGGAUGAAGAUGAGGAUGACGGUAAUAAGCGCAGGCCAUCGUACACGCCACAGCUGAUCAAAGCAAAGUCUGCAAAGUGUUUCGCCAAACGCCUGAAGACCUUGCAAGAACUGUGUGAGGACAAUUUCUACGAGGCCACCGUUGAGCUUCUGAAGGAGACGGAGAGGAGUUUCCGCGGCGACCUGUGUUACCUCUACACUCGCCGCUUGGACAAGGCACUGCGCAGGAAGCAGAAAAUUGUCAACUUCCUGUUUGAGGCAGACCUCAUUGAUGACGUUCAGGAUGAAGCCGACACACUGAGACCAUUCUGCGCUGUGAAUCACGCCAUAGACAACUACAUGCACUUAAAUCCACCUCAUAUUGUCCUGGGGCCAGAGGCUCUUGAGCUUGAUGGAUUAAGACCGCAAGAUCCGCUAGGCCUGGCUUGUGAAGCCGCCACUACUCAGGAGCUUGGACUUCUGGGCAGCCAUCUGGAGUCCUCUCCCUCAGACCAGACCUUGGAGACACAGGGGAGCUCAGAAGGGACCAAAGAAAGCUUCAGCAGCGAUAAAAGUGGAACAGAUCAAACUGAGAAGCAAGAGAGUCUUGCAAGUAUAAAUACAGAAGGUCCUGAUCCGGACUCUGACUUGACACCAGAACCUGACCAAAACACCUACCCAGAGAGGGAAAGCAGUAGCGAGGACAUGGAGACCACUGCCGGGGAGGAUGACUGUGAUACCAGACAAGACCAGACCCCUGUGUCUUUGCUGGAAGUCGUGUCCGAACUGGAGGCCAGAAAGGACGAUGAGUGUGACGUGGGAAUGCACUCAGAGCUGCUGGCUCCCAUGGAUACAGCGUGCUGUAUGGCCCAAGAGGGUUUCCUCUAUGAGGCAGCUGACCCUGACACUGUGCCUUGCCUGAGUCCAAACUCGACCCUGAGCCCCUAUAAGGUUCUGGUGGUCAACCAGGAGCCCCACGCCCUUCACCCCAUCCAGGAUGAGUACACAGUGGGUUCCCCAUGCUCAGCAGCAGGGCUGGAGCUUCCCGUGGGCGUCUUUGGAGAUGCAGCUUCACGUAGCUCCAUGGAGGACGGGUCAGACUGUACCAUGAGUGCUUCCACGGGCUCCGACCGGGCCGCCUCGCCGCUCGGCUACGGGGGGUCAGUGACUCUCCGUCAGAGGAAAAAAGCCGGGCAAGGCGCUUUGAGGUUCGUGCGCCAGUACUCCUUUGCAAUGCAAGCCCUGUGGUGUCUGCUGAGCGGCAGGACGCUGGUGGUGCUCGGGGCGGACGAGGGGAGAGUCCGCCGCCUCGUGUCUGCUCUGGCGCUCUUCGUACCCAACCCUGGCAAGAGUGGAGAGAGGGUCCAGCCCUGGCUGUCCUGUCCCUUCACCCUCAUUGACCUUCACAGGUGGAAACUUAUUGGGCUGCAAAGGGUUGCUUCUCCCGCCGGCUCCAGCACCCUAUACUCCCUGUCCCGCUACAGCCGCUACAUCUCCAUCCUGGACGUCGACAUGAAGACCCUGCGCUGCCCUCAGUACCGCGGCCAGCUCCUCGCCAACAUGGCCGACCACCGCACCUACAUCCGCCGCGGCUCCACCUACUUCCUCCACCUGCAGAGCGAGCUCUGCCGCCUGGCGGCCAGGGCAUUCCUGCUCACCUUCACGCACCACCUCCACCUGCCGGUCAGCCCCACGGAGGGGCCCGAGGCGGUGGAGGCCCGGCGGCGGGGCUUCCUGCAGGAGCAGCUGGGCCUGGACGAGGAGGACGGCCAGAUCCUGCUCUACCUCAGCCGGCUCAUCGCGCAGCGGUACCUGCGGCCCGCUAACAGCGACUGCUGCGCAGCCGUACCGUGUUUUAGUUUUAACUACGCCGCCAGUGUUUUAUAUAAAAUCUGAUUCCGCGAAGGGAAGGCGGGGAGCUGGAUCCCUCCCAACACCUCGCAGCGGAAAUCAGCGCUGAUACUUUGGGUUCAUUCGGACCAGGAGUGAUCUAAAUAAGGUCAAGAUCUCUGCACUGAUUUGUUUUUCUCCAUGUUGAUCUCUGUCUGCCUCACUGUGCAUCUCUGUGACUUCACACCUUCCUCUGGUGGCAGAGAAACCAGAGCUGAAUGUCUCUGCCGACUCUUCUCCACACUUACACAUUGCAGCCGAUGAACACACUUUGAAGCAAAAACAAAACUGGCAAAGAACUGUAGCGUCUAGUUUGACUGCCUAUGUCUUUAUGGGCCACCCGCUGCAAAGUUACAUGUCGGAAAAACAAUUAAGAGCAAUUGUAUGGCCUGUUCAGCCUGUCAGAGAUGUGAAAGAAAAUGUGGGUGUUAGUUUUUCAAAGUCAAUGUUUCCACCAUGAAUUUCCCACGUUUAUAAAUGUCAGGUUGAAACUGAAUAUGUAAUGCACAAACUAAAUCUUUAGCUUUCAAGUUGAAUAUUUAGCUGUGGUGCCAAAUUCUUGGUUUGAAAACUAAAUAUUUAGCUCAAAAUUAAAUAUUUAUUUAGCUAAUUAUAUAGUGCCAAAUUAAGUAAUAGGCUCUGAAGCUACAUAUUUAGCUUCAAACUAAAUAUUUAUUUUCUAAACUAAAUAUCUAGCAAUAGUUAAAUAUUUACUUAGCAACCUAAAUAUUUGCUAUAUUGCAGGCUUCCUAACUAGAUAUUAAUUUGAUAGUUAAAUGUUUAGUUUGGCUCCAACUUAAAUAUUUGAUGUGGGACUCUUGACAUUUUUAAAUAUAUGAAUAACACGGUGCAAAUAUGUCUUUGAAAAAUGAGCACCCAAUGUUUUAUUUACGACAAGCUAAGUAAAAGGAAAAAAAAAGCUGUUAAUUUUUUACCGUGCAACUUUCACAAACGGCGCCGCAUAUGUGUUGACAGCUCUUAUACCCUCGGCACUACAUGUAAACAUGUUUUUCAGCGCCGCGUACGCUGACAUUUUCUGUUGGCCGAGAACAAACACUGUUUGAGAAGCUCGCCCCUCUCUUUGGAAACAUCCAUCUGUCCCUUAAUCUAUGAUUUCACCUCCACUCGCCAGCAUUUUGUUUUUCUUUUCACGGCCCACAUUCCUUCAGAAACGGACAAGCGUCCGUUUUGUUGCAAACAGCAACGCGCUGUACGACCGUUCCCACUUAAAUUUCAGCUUUUGAUUUCAGGGUUAGGAUGUCCGAGGUGGUGGAGAACUGAGUCCUGUCGGUCGGGAGAAACGUUAUUGAUCAAAUAGUUUGGACCAGCCACUGGGGUGCAUUUUCAUGACUAUUAAACAGGAGCAUUUUAAAGCUAUUUAAUCUAAAUGUAUUGAAUUUCACUGUUGUCUUAAAGUUGUGUGAGAGUGACGCGUUGUCGGCAUCAUAGUCUAGUGUCAGAGUGAUCACUGUAUUGAUAAUAUUUCAGUUUUGUUCCAAUGAAAGCAAUUACCCUUUUAAUGCUUUUAACAAUAAACUUUUAUUUCUUGUGCCAACAGACGUUUAAUUCAGGACACCUGCUCGACUUUAUUAACUACAGAUGGACCGAUUAGGCUUUUACUGGCUGAUGCUGAGUUUUGGUUUUCUUUCAAAUCAGCAAUGAUAUUUGUAAAUUUUUCAAUUUUUUAUUUUUUUUAAAAUUUCUUUUGUUAAAGAGGGAGAAUAUAUGUGCUGCAGGUUAUUUGAUUUGAAAUCUGCCAGAAAAUGAAGGAGUAACCCAUUUUUAACCUGAUUAAAUUCAAAUUGGUGGAUCUUAAUAAACGAACCACUCACCAAUUUAAUUAAAAAUGUAAAACAGUCAUUUUUCUCAGCUUUUUAUGGCUUUUUUUAUUUUGAUGAUUAUGGCUUUAAAAAAACCCAAAUACAACUUAUCUUAAAAUAUAGUUAUUUUGUACAUACAAAUGAUCAACCGACUUUAAAAUAUGUUCUUUUUAAAAGCACUAAUUUAGGUGUUGCUCCUUCUGCGUGAAUUACUGCAUCAUUGCGCUGGCUGUUUUCACUUUGACAUCUGCAGCAGAUUUUUCCACAUGAGCUUUUCCCUGUUGCUUUUGCACAUGUUUCUGGUUAGUCAGUUGUUCCUUCCAGUCAACUUUCCAUUAAUAUUCACAGUUAUGCUCUAUCCAUAACUGUGAAAUGUGACAUUUCGGCAAUAAAAUAUAUUUUAUGCGAUGUAUAAAAUAUAGUUUAAAUCAUCAGCUACAAACUACAGUCAUCAGGUCAUUGAACAGGGGAGAAAAGUUUGAAAUUUGAAUUUUUUUGCUCCAUUUUACAUCCUCCUUGAAUUGGAUCAAUUAAAAUUUUCGAGGAUAUUCUAAUUUAUUGAGUCAUGUUAUUUCCAUAAUGCUAAUAAUUUCUGAAUUUUAAAUUUGUUUUAUUAAACUUAGUGAGGUGAGGUUUUAGUAUUAUUUUUAGUGUGUUUGAUCUGCUGAUCACUGAGCCCUGCUGUCAGUCAAUUCUAAUCUCUGGCCAAUUGAUUAAUGCAUCUGCUGGUGGCCUACUGCAGGAUAAACGUUCCCAGUUUAGGAUUGAACUUUUAAAAGUGGCUUAUCUUUGUGUUUUGUGCCGUCUGUGAUUCUGUGGGAUGGUAACUACAUGACUGCAUGGUCAGAGUUUAAAGUUUAAAGGUCACUGCAAGCAAGGCUUGUAACUACUACUUAAGUGGAUCUUGGUGCAGCAUGUGAUGAAGAGAUGUACCUGAUGUAUUGGGUUUUUGUCCUAGUCAUGCAAAGAAAAAAAAUACAAAGAACAAAAAAAAAAAAAAUAAAAAAAGAAAUAAACACACACACACACCCUGAAUGUAAUCUGAGAAGCCAUGCCGCUGUGUCCUUAUGUUGCCGUAUUAUGUCUGGUUUUUGUAUCUCAUCAAACUGCAGGUUCGGCCCUGCGAGAAAUUUGAAUUUGAAUAAAGCACGAUGUGAAUGUC